AUGCCAGCCAGAAGGCGUGACGACCGUCCUACGGUGGAACAUAUAAAACUCUCUCGCCUCCUGCUGCUGCUCUCUCGCCCUGCCUGCCCUCGCCCAGUCCCCUGGCGGGACUCGAACCCGUCUAUUGGUUCAAGGCUUCACGUCAGAAAAUCAUUUGACACUCUGCGCCACAAUCUUACCCGAGCUCCCAGGAUCACAUCUACGCUCGUUUACAACAACAAUGGGCUCUUCACAAAGCUUUUAUCCGUGCUCACCGUCCUCGUCGUUGCUAGGGCUUUAGGAAUUGGAUACACCCAGAUUAGCGGUGCUCGUGUGGACACUGGAUACGAACCAGACGGAGAAAGAAAAAGGGAAUGGAAGGGGGAAAGCCAAAAGGAAGAAAAGCGACAAAACUUGUGUGGUGGCAGUAUCAGACGCCAUUGUUGUUGCUUCUACAGUUUUACAAGACGCAAUACCCGGUCAAUUCACAUCCAACCAGUCCAGCCUUCUCCCGCACCAAAGUCUAAAAAGUCAAAACCGAAGUCGCCUCGUUUGCCACCACCACCAACGCCGUUCUCCUUCCGUCCCCUUCAACAGCAGGAGCGUACAACUCAGAAUCAUUCACCUCCGCCGUCCCCACCACACGCAACUCACGAACAACCAAACAAUCAACGACCUCCAUUGAUAUGGACGGGUCGUGGAACCCGCGUGGAGCCUCGACGUCAUAGCAACUUGGCUGCUGCUGCACAGGCGGCGACGACGACGAGUGACGUAGCUAAAAACACUGCUUCUUCCUCACCUGUCGCGGAGCGUAUGGAAAAGGAAGAGGAAGAGGACAAGGAAGAAGGCGCACAUUCCUCUUUUCUCUCAAACUCCAAUACAAGGGACGGCGCCGAUGAUAUCCUCGAGACCCCAGAUCACCCGACGCUGUCAAGGGUUAUGCGUGUUCAACCUAGGACGGAUGCGGAUGAUGAAGGUUGUGGGGCUGUCAAGAGUAAGAGUGAGUAG